AUGGAAGAACUGAGCGCCGUCGGCGAGCAGGUUUUCGACGCCGAAUGCAUCCUCAACAAAAGGCUGCGAAAGGGAAAGUUGGAGUUUCUGAUCAAGUGGAGAGGGUGGUCGUCCAAACACAACAGCUGGGAGCCCCAAGAGAACAUUCUUGAUCCCAGACUUCUGGCGGCCUUCAACAAGAAGGAACAAGAGAAGGAGCUUCUGAUCCGCAAACGUGGGAAAAGGCCCAGAGGACGACCGCGGAAAAUUCCCGAAAAUGUUCCCGAGGCCGCCAAGUCAAACAGCUCUUCAUCUGGAUCGUCAUCUUCAUCCUCUGAUUCCUCGUCUUCGUGUUCCUCAUCGUCUUCGUCCUCCUCAGAAGACGACGAAAACGACCGGCAAACGAGUCCCGGAGUCCGAACGCGAGACCUCCACCCACACCCUGUCCCCCAGAAGAAAGCUCAAAUUGUGUUGGCUAAGCAGGAGCCCCCGAAAAAACGAGGUCGCAAAUCUCUGAGCAAAGGCCUGCGGAAAAGUCUCAAGAAGGAUUCCGAUCUUCCGGGUUCUAUCAAGAAGCCGGUUCACCUGGCUAGUUUCGCCUUCAUGGGUUUCCACCGAAGCUCUGCCAGGGAGGCGACAGGCGGUCCUGACCGCAGUUCCCCGGCCCAUGGGGGGACUUCUCGAAGCUCCUUGAGCUCGACAGGAUCCGGCAGAUCGGUCCCGCCGUCCCCUGUCCCACUCAUGAAAUCCAGCCCUGGCAGGAACGUCACUGAAGGAAAACUGUCCGUCUCAAGUCUGGAAUUGUGCAAAUCCAGAGGCGUGGCGGCUUUGAACUUGAACACAUCUAAACAUCACAUCCAAGGAUCCCCCCAGCGCAAUACAAACUCUCCCAGUGUACAAAAGGCCCACGUGCUGCAAAGAAUAACUAAUGCGAAAGCCAUGGCAGCCCAAGCAGCAAAGAACAUUUCGACAAAUCAGCCGCUCAACCUUCUCAACAAAGUAUCGCAGGGUGACAAAUCUCCCGCUUCCAUCCCCGGUUCACCUUUGAGAAACGUCUCACAGCCUGCUCGGAAAAUUAACCAAAACCAGGAGUACAAAACCCCCAUGAGUCCCGCUCCCCCGGGAGGCACCCGGAAGUCCGCCCCCGUCAAAGACAUGACGGAGAUCCAGACCUUUAGAGGAAAGCUGGAGAAAAGCGAUGUUCAUAAAUCCGAGAACCACACAGAAAGGGCGACCUCCAAAGACGGCAAGAUGAGCACAGGCGAGGACGAGAGCAGUUCUGAUUCGGACCGGGACUCGUCGGACGCCGGCCACGAGCGCUUGGCGGUGGGCCACAACCAAGACUGGAAGCCCACCCGCAGUCUGAUUGAACACGUCUUUGUCACCGACGUCACCGCCAACCUGGUCACUGUCACGGUGAAGGAGUCGCCCACCAGCGUGGGAUUCUUCAGCAUCCGCAACUACUGA